AUACAAGUAUAGAAACAAAAUUGCAUUGUAUGUGAUAAAACAGCCGUAAAUUAGUGAAGUUCCGUAGCUGACGCCAUUUUGUAUUUACAUAUUUGGAACAGCCAGUUGAAGUAAUUGUAAAUGGAACUUGGGAAAAAAAGGUAUAAGGGUGGUCGGACACCUUCAGUUAGGUCAAGUGAUAGGCGACGUCCUCAAAGUUUUUCUGCAUCAUCUACACUAUCCCCGCGAGUUGUGCUAUCUCGUUUAGAACCUAGGGAUUUUGAACGUCUUCGACUAUCUUAUAAAGUUGCUAUUGACCAAAGGAGAUCUCGAAGCUGCCGUGGCAUGAACAUGGGUCAAAAAAUUAGUGGCGGCGUUAAAACAGUUAACCGUAAUGAUUCUCAGGCGACGUUUAAGCCAAUUAUACCAAGAGAACUGCAAGCGGAUUUCUUAAAACCUGCUCGGAUUGAUAUUUUGCUGGAUAUGCCCCCAGCAAAUCGAGAAGUUCAACUGAAACAUUCAUGGAACUCAGAGGAUAGAUCGUUAAAUAUAUUCGUAAAAGAAGAUGAUAAAUUGACAUUUCACAGACAUCCCGUCGCACAAAGUACUGACUGCAUUCGCGGAAAAGUGGGGCUUACAAAAGGAUUACAUGUGUGGGAGAUAUAUUGGCCAACAAGGCAAAGGGGUACUCAUGCAGUUGUAGGGGUUGCAUCAAGCGAUGCACCCUUGCACUCUGUUGGGUACCAAAGUUUAGUUGGAUCUACUGACCAGAGUUGGGGCUGGGACUUGGGCAGAAAUAAACUUUAUCAUGACUCGAAGAAUUCGGCUGGCGUCACAUAUCCGGCAAUUUUAAAAAAUGAUGAAGCUUUUUUGGUCCCAGACAAAUUUUUAGUUGCUUUAGAUAUGGACGAGGGAACAUUAAGCUUUAUUGUUGAUCAGCAAUAUCUAGGCAUUGCAUUUAAAGGCCUCAAAGGAAAAAAACUAUAUCCAGUUGUUUCAGCUGUAUGGGGACACUGCGAGAUAACAAUGCGUUAUAUCGGUGGAUUAGAUCCUGAACCUUUGCCAUUAAUGGAUCUUUGCCGGAGGUCGAUUCGACAGAAAAUUGGUCGAGUAAAUUUGGAAGAGCGUAUACAACAAUUACAGCUUCCACAGUCUAUGAAAACUUAUUUACUGUAUAAAAAUCGUAGAUAAUAUUUUUAAAUCGGGAUAAUAUAAGUUAUCAUUUUGCAUCUCUACUGCAUGUGAUGGCGAGUUUAAGGCAAAUAGUAUUAGUUCGUAAUAGUCUUAAUCAAUGUUAGUUUUUGUCAUCAAGAAAUAUAUAGAAGUAUAUAAUUGUAACUAUACUUUAUUUUCGUUUUCCUAUUUGUAUUGUAAAUUAAGUCAAUAUGAAUGAUAUUUAAUAUAAUCACAAAUCCUUUGAAAAAAAUGUACUAUUCUAUUCAAUUGGCAAGAGUAAACUAAGCGAAUAAAUACAAAUAUAAAAGAAGAAAUAAUUGAAUAAAAACGACGAAAACCUCGUGGUAUAUUCAAAAGCAUACAACUGUACCAUAAUAUAAUAGAUAUAGGAUCCAUUUUAAGUACGUUUAAACAUAGUUUAACAUUUAAUUUUGCUUGAGAGCGUGUUCAGAUUUAUAAUUUAGUAUAAUAUAAAAAA